AACGGUGAUAAAAUUAUCAUGCCCUCUUCAGCUCUAGAUAGCCUUGCACGUUUGAACAUAGAAUAUCCAAUGUUAUUUGAACUGAGAAAUACUUCUGCUGAAAGAACUACUCACUGUGGAGUCUUGGAAUUCACUGCUGAUGAGGGGAUUGUAUUCUUACCAAAUUGGAUGAUGGAAGAUUUGUUCCUACAGGAAGGAAACAUUGUGUCUCUGAAAAGCACAAGUCUUGUUAAAGGAAAGUUUGUGAAGUUGCAGCCUCACAGCAAAGACUUCUUGGAAAUCUCCGAUCCAAAAGCCAUGUUAGAAACUUCAUUGAGGAGUUACUCAUGUUUAACAACCGGCCGCACCAUAAUGAUUCCAUAUAACAAAAAAAAAUAUUACAUUGAUGUGGUUGAAACGAAACCUUCUCCCGCAAUCAGUAUAAUAGAAACAGAUUGUGAAGUUGAUUUUGCUCCCCCUCUUGAUUACAAAGAACCUGAGAAGCCUUUGCCAUCUGAUUUGUCUCAUAAGAAACCUCUACAAGUUGAAGAAGAGCGAGCAGCAAAGGCUCCAAGACUGAUGCCAUUCAGUGGUAUCGGGAGGCGUUUGGAUGGUAAACCGUCGACACAAUCAGUUGAACAAGCUUCCACUCCAGUUCCAAAGAAGCAACAUACUGAAAAUAACUCAAACAAUUCUAAUAGAACUUCAGGGAAGCUUGUUUUUGGCUCAAAGGCAAAUGCACCCAAAGUUCAAACACAGCCAAAGGCUUUUCUGAACAGCGCAAGUCAAGAAUCAUCUAAGAAGACAGAUACCCCACAAUUCCAAGCUUUCACGGGAAAGAAGUAUUCAUUAAGAUGAUCCAAUAAUAAAUAGAGUGCAUCAGGUUAAUUAUCAAAUCAUCUAGUUGGGAAGACUUCUUUAUCAUUACAAACAUUUGUUAUCUCAUCGGUACAGCUUUCAUGUAAAUUGUAUUAGACGGCAAACUAAUCGGGUUGCUUAUAAUUUAGCGAGGGCAUCAUGUUUGUAUGCUCACAAUCUAGUCCCCAUGUUGUAUUUCGGACAUCAUUAUAAAUGA